CAUGCCAUCGCCGCCACAAAGAGCUCCCUGAACCCAGGCGGCCGAGCUCCAGAGGCUGCGCUUCGCAGGAGGCUCCGCGCUGCGGGCCGGGGGGAAGGGACCAGACUGAAGAUGGCCCGGAAGAGAAAGCCCCCCAGCAUCCAGGGUGAUUCAAAGAGCUAUCCAGAUUUCCAGGGACCUACUGCCAACAGGAGUUGUACGGAUGUUCUGUGCUGUAUGAUCUUCCUACUGUUUGUUACGGGCUAUGUUCUGUUAGGACUCGUGGCUUGGACACAUGGUGACCCCAGGAGAGUGGCCUAUCCUACAGACAGCCAGGGACACUUUUGUGGCCAGAAGGGAACCUCCAAUGAGAACAAGACCAUUUUGUUUUACUUUAACCUAUUCAGGUGUACCGGUUCUUCCAUGAUGCCGAGGCUACAGUGCCCUACUACCCAGAUCUGCGUCUCCAGGUGCCCAGAGAAAUUUCUAACCUACUUCGAAAUGCAAUUUUUUAAUGAAAGAGACAAAAGCCACUGGGAAUACUACCGCCAGUUCUGCAAGGCCAUGGCCAGGCCUGCAACGACUUUCUCAGAUCUGUCCCGUGGUGACUGCCCCCCAGCAGUUUAUCCAAGUAGACCUAUCCUGCAGAGAUGUCUGCCUCACAUCUCCCCCAUCAAGGGAAACUUAACCAUAGGAAAUGGGAUGCAAUUUGAAGAUGGAAGUGAGAGGAGCAGAAAUGUCAUAGAGCUCACGGAGGCUGCGAAUGGCAUCACUAAAUUCCUCGAUGCCAGGACAUUUGGGAUGAAGGUAUUUGAAGACUACAUGACUUCAUGGAAAUGGAUUCUCAUUGGCCUGACCAUUGCCAUGGUGCUGAGUUGGAUUUUUUUGAUACUCCUGAGGUUCAUAGCUGGAUUCCUCUUCUGGGUCUUCACGUUUGGUGUGCUUGGAAUUUUAGGAUAUGGAAUAUGGUAUUGUUACCUGGAAUACAAUGGCCUUCAGCAGAAACCACAGUCAGCUUUCAUGAUCUACGACAUCGGGAUUCAGACCAACAUAAGAGUAGUCUUUCCUUUGAAACAGGCGUGGUUCUUAAUGAUGAUCAUCUUGUCCAUCAUUGAAGCCGUCAUCAUCAUCGUGCUGAUCUUCUUCAGGAGGCGGAUCCUCGUGGCCAUCACCCUGCUGAAGGAAGGAAGCAAAGCCAUUGGUUACAUCCCCAGCACGUUAGUCUACCCGAUUUUAACUUUCUUCUUGCUGUCAAUCUGCAUUUCCUAUUGGGCCGUGACAGCCAUUUUCUUGGCUACAUCAGGGGUACCAAUAUUCAAAGUUAUGGUCCCAGAAGGGAAAUGUAGAUAUGAAGAUGAAAUCUGUGACCCAGAGAUUUUUCCUAAGACUAACAUUCCCAAACUCUGCCCCGGGGCAUCAUGUAACUUCGCUUUCUAUGGCGGAAGGAGUGUGUAUCACAGUUACAUCAUGACCUUCCAGAUCUACAACCUCUUUGCCUUUCUCUGGCUUAUAAACUUUGUCCUUGCGCUGGGUCAGUGUACCCUCGCCGGUGCCUUCGCCUCCUAUUACUGGGCCAUGAGAAAACCCGAGGACAUCCCCAAGUACCCGCUCUUCAUCUCAUUUGGACGAGCAGUACGAUACCACACGGGUUCUCUAGCCUUUGGAUCUUUGAUCCUUGCAUCAGUUCAGAUGUUUAAAGUGAUCGUAGAAUACCUGGACAGGCGACUGAAAAAGAAAGAGAACAGAGUUUCCAGGUUCCUGCAGGGCUGCCUACGGUGCUGUUUCUGGUGUUUGGAAAAGCUGGUGAAGUUUUUAAACAGAAAUGCCUACAUCAUGAUUUCAUUAUAUGGCAAAAACUUCUGUGAUUCAACAAAGGAUGCUUUCUAUCUGCUCAUGAGAAACAUUUUGAAAGUCGCAGUUACAGAUGAAGUCACACACUUUGUAUUACUCCUGGGAAAAAUUCUAGUUUCUGGGAUUGUCGGUGUCCUGGCCUUCCUACUCUUCACAGAGAGACUGCAAAGGAUCAUAGAAGGACCAACAACUUUAAAUUACUACUGGGUACCUCUCCUGACUGUCGUGAUUGGAUCUUACCUGGUUGCUCAUGGAUUCUUCAGUGUCUAUUCAAUGUGUGUUGAAACCAUUUUCAUAUGCUUCUGUGAAGAUCUGGAGAGAAAUGACGGAUCUGCAGAGAAACCUUACUUUGUAACCCCCAGCCUGCACAGGAUUCUGACCAAGAAGCACCCGGUUUCCCAGAGACAGACAGAGUAGAAAGGCUCCACGCAGGGGUUUUGUGAAUUAGGUUGAUUGCAAUGUGAAAACGUUGCUUUGGAGCAGUGUGCAGAUUCCACGCUGUUUCUGAAAAGGUUGCAAUUGGUACCAUUUGAGGGGUCAGGCGUUUGAUUGACAGUGGCCUAACUUACUUUAUAGACUGUGGUCCCAACUGCAAAAACUUGUAGCUGACAAUGUUUUAAUAAUUUUUAUAACUUUGCUAGCCUUUCUUUUUUAUAAGUGUAUAUUUGUAAAGGAUAUUCAGGCAAUUUUUUACAACACUAUAAAUAUGUAAUCAAUUAGCCAUAAAAAUAUUGAUUUGUAGUUGACCAGCAUAUGGUACUAAAUUUGUAAAUAUGGUGCUAUGGUUAUAGGUACUGUUUAGGCUGGUGAACAGCUCUCUAAAACUGUGAUUCAACUUGUAACCCUGGUUCCCUAGAAAGCAUAUGUCAAGUGGGCGAGUUAGUCCAUGACAAGCAUGCAGAGGUGCGGGUCUCACGGGUUCAGCAGCUAACAUCACUACAGGUGAGGUGAACCUGAGGCCCAGUGGUCCGUCUGCUUCAGUGAAAUGAGACCCAUAUUGGGGUCGAAUCUAGGUUUGGAAAAAUCGUUUUCAUUCCUAUGAACCUUUGGCCACCCCGAGAAUAUUCUGAACGGAGCAGAAAUGGCUGCCUCGCUCAUCUCUUGCCUUUUGCCUGAGUUUCCUGUUCCAGACAUAUAGAAGGCCUGUGGACUUCCCUUUUCGUGAGUACACAUGUGUGUUUUGUGUGACUUCGUUAUGCAGAAGGUCUGAGUUCAACUGUCAGUGAGGAAAGAAAGCAAGCCAGUCUGUUCAGAUUUUACUCUAAGGAAAUAGACCAGCGGCCUUCUAUCAGGGUGUGUUUGUUUCAAACUGGAAAUUCCACACCCCCCCCCCAGCCCCAGGGCUUAGAAAAGAAGCUGGUUUGUUGUGGUCAUGUCUGAACCUCACAUGAUGCAGAAAAGUAUGAACUGGGCCCAUACACCUUGCCUGCUCUUCCCUGUGUGUGGAGGUGGACUACAUGGCUGAUUAUAAAAGCCCCUCCAAAGAGCACAGGAUCAACCAGUGCCCUUUUGGUUUUGACACUAACUCAUGUCAGAUUGUCUAUAUAUUAAUAAUGGAAUGUGUGGAUAUCAAUAUGGCCCUCACAUUUGAGAGUCCGAAAUAUAUCCUUGAGUUAUAAGUUAAUAUAAACGCUGAUUUAUUUACUUACCGUGAAGUGUGUGAACCUAGGUUUAGAACGGUUUUAUGAAGACUUCCUACAUAGAUCCAAUUAUUCCAGAAGGUUUUCUAAGUGUUGGUCCACAUGACCGCCAGCCUCUGGUUCUGGGCUUACUCUGUUGAGAUUAUUUAGUCCUGGUGUCACUUGGCAAAGGGCCUUCCUCAUUCCUUCCUUGAUAAGGAGAGAAAAACGAUCGCCUAUCUUUUUCUUGAAUUUUAGUAGUAUUUGGUUUUCAACCAUGCAAGGACCUCAACAAAGACCUCUAAGAAUGUGACAUCUACUACUGAGCCUGUAAGCCGCAGGAGCUUAUGUCUGGGUGUGGGCCACCCUCUGGAUCGUGAUAAAAUCCUUUAGUUGAUUCAGCUACACACAAAAACUUGCUAUAGAUCAGAUGUGAGAAAUUAGCUGUCUUUUUGCUGUGUUAUGGUGUAUUCCCGCUCAGAAAAAUAGUCUGUUUAUUACUUCUGUAAUUAAAAUGUAUAGAGUAAAAAUGAAUGUUGUUUUUGAGGAGAAUUUUAGAAGCCAUUUUCUUACACAGCAAUUAAAGUUUUUAAAACACAGAGCAAUAUUUUCAGAACUGUCCAUGGAAGGAUUUGAGAUUACACAUAAAGACCACUUUGUCAAGGUUUUACAAUCUAAAUUGUCAUUGGCAAAACAGAGACAAUGUGGGAAUGGAGAUUGUAAUUUAGGAAGUAAAUUUAGGUGGGGAGUAAAUGUUAUUUCCUCAGUCAUUCCAUGGAAAGGCUUGAACUGUCGCCAGAACUGACCUGGGACACAGAAUGAAAUGAUAACUUAUCGAUGUAUUAACAAGGGCUGAUUGUUUUUCUUAGCUGUUUACAAUGAUGCUGACUCGGAAGCGGUGUUGGGCGCUGCUGUGCAGCAGGUGGGCAGCAGGUGGCGAUGUUGCUCCUCCCACCGCUCCGCUGCGCUGUUGACGCUCUGCCCUCCUCCCUCCUAGUGGAAGACCUAGACAGAAACGAAGGCUCUCGCGCAAGACCCCUCUUCACGACUCCGACUCUAAUGAACCUCUUGCUGGAGCCGCCGGACAAGCAUGCGAAGCACUAGGAGAGCCGGCUGGGCGACCUGCCGCCGGGUGACCUCCUGCUCCGCUGUGCCAUCCAACGCUCCGUCCACAGUGCUCUGGCUGCGGACAUUCGCAGCCAGGGCCUUGCUGCUUGCGUUCGCAUCUUAUACCAAAGCCCACACUGUAACCUGUGAAACCAUCAGAAGUCGCAAGGGAAUUGUUAAUAACAUGCAACAUUUUUAUGCUAAGAUCUUUCGCUUUGUUUUUUGUUUUUGUUUUUUUCAUAAAGUGGCUUGGAUGUUUUGAAAAAUAUAUUGAAUACAUUCAUACUCUUUUUUUUAGUAUUAACUUAAUGAAGGACACAUGAUUUAAAUCAAUAGCUCCUAAUAUAUUUUUUAAGACGACAACUGAAAGGCUUCUGCAGGGAAAUUUGACCAUUAAAGCAAGAUAAACGUUUUUAAGGCCCCUUCCUCGCCAUGUUUGACAGUCAACCAGCGGAGCGGACCUCCCGCCUCUGGUGUUGCCUGCCUAGGUAGAGAAUGCUUCCAGUGAGAGCUGCCAGUCAGCCAUCCAGCCCUUACCACUCACUUCUCUCCCAAGUGCCUUCCUGGCUGGUCAGUACUUCCCGGAUCUUGUGGGCAAGUAUACAGACCUUGUUCGAAGAAAUUAACCCCUGCAAUGUUGAGUGAUGAAAAGUCUUCCCACGUUUUCAGUUCGUUUUGUUCUCUUUUUUCCCAUCUUGCUCGCCAACUGGAUGCCUCUGGUAUUUCAUUACUCUUGAUAACCCUCACACCAGAGGAACACACUGUGUGACAUGAACAAUUCCCCUGUGCCUCGUGGACAUUCACAGAUGGGUGCCAUGCGCACGCAAAACAACCCGAGACUUGUUGGAUUUGUCUGUUUUUACUAAGAGAAGUUUUCAAGUGUAAUCUUUUCUGUAGUUGUUCCUUAGAAACACAGUAGGUCUGCAUCUAGGCAUCCAGUGUCUUACCCGUACCCGAAAGGGCAGCUUGUGGGAGUUACACAGGGAAACUUCCCCCUCAGAGGGUGACAACAGGUGCGCCCUGUGCUGAUCAGCUCCCUGACACAUGACUCUUCCGUGAGAGCAUGUUCUGUACAUGUCUUUCUACUGGCUUUUUAUAUGAAACAACCUGUUUACCUGUCGAUUUUUUAUUGUGCCAAUAGAAACAGGAACUGUUUUUUAUUCCGUUUUAAAUAAUUUUAUGAAGAUUGCUAAGUUUUAGGAGAGCUGACUCAGUUUACCAAGUCAGAAUUACAGCAAGUCAACCACAUGGUGGAGAUUCGUGAGUCAAUCAAUAAUAAUUCAAUAUUGUUUAUCAAUGAUCUGUUUGUUGGAAGGUAACUUUAGAUACUUUUAUACCAAAAAGUUCCCACUAGCGCCUUGCGGUGUGGGCUCACCCCCGUCCCGCCCCACGCCUGGUGGUUUGGGCUCUCCCGAGCCCAUGGCGGCGUGGGUUAUGAAUCACUGUGUCUCUGCUAUGCAGGAACACUCAAAGUGUAUGGUUUAAAUAAUUUUGAUAGCUAAAAUGCUUAAUAUUUAAUGGAAUUUGUUGUUGCUCAUUGUAUAUUUGUUUUUUUCCUUCUAAUAAAAAUUUCGAUA